GGCUCCAAUAUCCAACCUGCAAAAAUCGCAGCAGGUCCGAUUUUUAGCGUCAUCCGGGACAAACCCUGACCAUUCCAAUAAAUUCAGAUUCCCAUCAACAUUUCCUCAAACACCUUCCUUUCAAUUUCAAAUUACCAAUAAUAUCUCACUCCUUCCAUAAGGUCACUGCACCCAAUCUACCCUUCAUCUUCUUCUUUACACCACUCUACUCACCGGUGACUCCACUUCUGAAGCUUUCUCCGUUUUUAUUAGAUUUCUCUCAAUCAACACUCGUUUAUGUAGUUUUCUCCAAAUCAUAACUCACUUUAGGAGGUAUAAGAAUCAACCGAUACAAUGCGAGAGUGCUAUUCGCCAGAAUCCAGAUCCAUGAACAAGGAUUCAACUUCAUUUCGUAAUUCUGGUGCAUACACAAGCCCAGGUACUCCCGAUUACGGGGAUAACCAUGGGAGAGGAUUUCAAAAGGGUUGGUGUUCAGAGAGGAUACCAUUACCAAACACUUGUAACAGAAGGCGUAUCAGUGCCAACAUCUUAAUGCCCUUCAACAAUGGCAGAACACUACCUUCAAAAUGGGACGAUGCAGAAAGAUGGAUCACAAGUCCAGUGUCUGGUUCUGGUUCUGGUGUAUUCAAGACUCAAGCACCACCACCACCACCUCAGAGAAGACCUAAGUCAAAAAGCGGACCACUGGGGCCCACCCCUGGGACUAUUACAUACUCUUCAAACUACUCACCUGGUUUCCAGUUUCUUGAAGGUGGAAACACGAAUAAUGUUUUCAUGGGUUCACCAUUUUCAACUGGUGUUUUGGUACCUAAUGGAUAUUCUUUUCAUCAUACUGGUGAAAAGAUUGAUGAAAACAAUGUUACUUGUGUUGUCUCAAGGCGAGAUAUGGCUACCCAAAUGAGCCCAGAGGACUGCCCGGAAUCCUGCCCGGAUGGAAGGUUGUUCCUCUCCACCUCUCCUCCACCAAUUCCUUCACCCUUGGAGGAUCUCCGCCAGCAAGUCAGGGAUGUCCAGGUGGACAAAAGAGUCACCAUGACAAAGCAAACAAAAAGAAACACUAGGAGAGUUGAAAAGAAUCAGUCAACGGAGAUCAAUGACUUGGCUUUGACUUGGAAUAAUCCUACAGAAGGAGAAAUGGAAUUGUCAAAGCUCCAGAAAGAGGAAGCAAGGAUUUUGGCUUGGGAGAAUCUGCAAAAUGCAAAAGCAGAGGCAUCAAUUCGAAAGCUUGAGAUGAAAUUGGAAAAGAAGAAAUCAGCAUCUAUGGAGAAAAUCAUGAAGAAGCUUACAAUUGCACAAAUGAAAGCUCAAGAAAUGAGAAAAAAAAUGUCAGCAAAUGAGGCUCCUAGAACAUCUCGCAAGCUCAUAUCCUUACACAGAUAUCCAAAGAUUUCUCUCACUUGCUGUUUUUUUGUUCAUUAAUCCUCCAUCAUCAUCAUCAUCCUUGAAUCAGUUUGGAAGUGGCAAUUGAAGAUAUGAGUGAUAGGGUAGAUAACUAUGGUACAGUUUGUGCUUCAUUAUGAAAAUGGUGGAUUAUAACUCUAUAAGCAUUUUCUUCAUGGGGAAAAUGCAAAUUUUGUAAUGAGUGGAUGUCCAUGGACUAUUUUUAGAGGUUUUAGCUAAGGUACAUGAUACAUAUGAAUAAUCAAUAACAUCUUUUUUAAUGAAUCUAGGGUAAAUCAUUGCAGAAAUGAUUUGGAACA